AUGGAGAGCAAGGCUGAUGUGGGCAAGGCAGGUGCACAUACAGACUCCACUGUUUUCAGCAGUGCUUUGGUGCCUGGCCCAGCAAAGUGGAGCUGGACGUGCCAGCCUGGCAAAGUGACCUGCCUUCUCAGACAACCAACUUUUGGAAUUACCUUCUCAGUGGCCAUUUCUAGUGUACUGGCCAAAACCAUCACGGUGGUUGUGGCUUUCAUGGCCACGAAACCUGGAUCUCAAAUGAGGAACUGGGUGGGAAAAAGAUUGACCUUUGCUGCUGUCCUUUCCUGUUCUCUUGUUCAAGUAUGUAUUUGUACUCUUUGGUUGUCAACAUAUCCCCCAUUCCCUGAGUUAGAUAUGCACUUAGAGCCCCAAGAAGUGAUUUUACAGUGCAAUGAGGGGGCAGCUACAUUCUUCUAUUGUGUCUUGGGCUACAUGGGUUUCUUGGCCAUUGCCAGCUUCAUUGUGGCUUUCCUUGCCCGUAAAUUACCUGACAGUUUCAAUGAAGCCAAGUUCAUCACCUUCAGCAUGUUGGCCUUUUGCAGUGUGUGGAUCUCCUUCUUUCCAGCCUAUAUGAGCACGAAAGGCAAAGCCAUGGUAGCUGUGGAGGUCUUCUCCAUCUUGUCUUCCAGCGCUGCAUUACUGGGAUGCAUAUUCUUGCCAAAGUGCUACAUCAUUGUUUUCCGGCCUGAGCUAAACCACAGGGAAAAACUAAUAAAGAGAAUGUAG